GGUCUUUCCGGAAAAUCGUCGUCCAAUGCACAGGUCGUUUACUGAGAACACUCUUGUGUAGGGAUAUGCUGCGAUCAACUGUUGAUGUGCACUCCGAAGUAUAGACAAUAAUCUAUAAUCGUUUAAUUUCUGUCCCUGAGAUUUUUAUUGAUAUAAUCGAUAUGCUUACGUUCUUGUUUAUGAUUGUCCAUAUUUCUUUGUUUACGCAUGGCAUCGCAGUAAGCACCAGCCGACAGGUAGAUUUAGUCACCCAGGAUGGCAGCGGAUCAGAAGGCACAGUUAGUAGUAUUUCUGAAAUUCGUUUAUCGUCGAAACGAUUCAAUUUCACGGUUCCAGCAAGUGCCGAACCUGGAUACACGGUCGGAAGAGUGACGAUUUUACAGGAUGACCUUUCUCGAGAUUAUUCUGGAGUCACAUUUAAACUCAUAACAAAAGAUGAUAGUCUUAGUAAAGAUUAUUUCUAUCUUGAACCGAAGACAGGAGUCAUACGCGUCAUCAAAGCUGGUGUUGAUGUCAUGGACACCCAUUUGUUCAUAGUUACAGCAGUUGAUAGCAACUCACCAACGUCACCAGUAGCAUUGACAGUUCUAACAAUAUAUGUUGUGGAGGGAAACUUUUACUCUCCAGUAUUUACAAAGAUGAGGUAUAGAGCAAUAGUUGCAUUUGAGGUUGAUAAAGGAACGACGAUAUUAACCGUCAGAGCAACUGAUAAAGAUCAUGGUGAAAACGGUAUGGUCACAUACACUCUCUUGAAUCCAUUGCAUCGAAACAAUAUUUUCAGAUGUAAACGAAACGGCGAAAUUGCUAAUAAGAAGGUAUUUGGAGUUGAUAGAAUUGGUGACUACACGUUAAUUAUUGAGGGAACUGACGGCGGCAACCCACCAAAGUCAUCUAGGACUAAAGUAAAAAUUAAAGUUUAUGAUGUCAGACCGCGUUUCUUGUCAACGAAUUACACAUUUACAAUCUCUGAAACUGAACAAGUAGGUUCAAAGAUUGGAGUGGUCGCGGCUACAUCAUGGCAGCCAUCUGACGAAAAGGCCAACAUUUCAUAUAGUAUUGUUUUUGAUGAAGGGAAUUAUUUUAAAAUCAACAAAUCAAGUGGAGAAAUCAGUUUAGCCAGACCCUUAGAUAGCGAUUUCGGUAGCAGUUAUCGUCUAGUUGUUCGCGUACAAGAGAUUGGUUUUGCAUUACGAACAAAAGAUACUAUAGUUACAGUUGGUGUUAUAUACGAUCCUGCACAAAACCCUACAAAUUCCUUCACUAACAUUUCAAUACCCGAGGACAUACCUAUCGAUUCACAAAUUUACAAAUUUGAUUAUAAUAUGGAAGUUUUAAGUUAUAGCAUUUUAAAUUCUAGUGUUGAUCUACCUUUCAUGGUUGGUAAGGAGAGUGGCGUAGUGUUUACCACCUCUCUUUUAGACAAAGAACGUACUAGCAUAUACUUGUUUAAAGUACAAAUAGAAGGUGAAUCAUUCUAUAAAACUGUUGACAUGCGUGUUUUAAUUAGAGAUGUCAAUGACAACAAACCAGUAUUUGAAAAUUGUCAGGCCAAAAUCCAACAUCAAGACACAACGGUAGGUGCUGAGGUCAUUCGCCUCAUAGUCACUGAUGCUGACAUCCUUGGCGAUUUGUCGUAUUACAUAAAGUCCGGCAAUAUAGGGAAUGUUAUUAAAGCAAUCGAGUACAAAAAUGGGGUAUCUAUUGCCAUUGGUAAAGAAAUUGAACUUCGGCAGUAUGAUAUUGAAGUGGCAGCAAGCGAUGGCACUUUUGUGUCAGUUUGCAACAUCAGUAUUGACAUUGUAAACAGGAACACGCCCCUUUUUGACGACUGGAUGUAUAAUGCACUCAUCCACGAAGAACAACCGAUAGGAAAACAAGUUUUGCAGGUACAUGCCACUGAUGAUGACGUGGGUGAAAAUGGACUUGUAACUUAUUCAAUGAAUUUUAACCCAUAUUUUGAUAUCGACCAAUCAACAGGAGAGAUUUUUACCAUUGUCAACUUGGAUCGCGAAAAGCUAGAUCGUCACACAUUCAAUGUAACUGCUUCGGACGGGGGUAGACCGCCUAGACAAAGCUGGGCGACGGUUACAGUGCUGGUCCUUGAUAUAAAUGACAAUCGUCCCCGGUUUCUGAACUUGCCGUAUUUUGGGGAGGUUCAAGAAAAUAGCAACACAUCCGUAUCUAUAAUCACAGUGGAAGCUAUUGACGACGAUAAUCAUACUUUUGCAGGAAUAACGUAUGCAUUAAGGGAUGACCGCUUCAGCAUAUACUUCGUAAUCGACAAAAAAACUGGGGAAGUAAAAUCCCGUCAAGGAUACAGUCUGGAUAGAGAACUUACUCCGGAGUUCAGCCUCGUGGUCUCGGCUUCAGAUGGAACUUAUAUUACGAUGGGUAGUAUCCACAUCACAGUUACAGAUGUAGAUGAUAAUCCUCCGCGUUUCAUUUCGCCAACGCAGUAUAAAAUUCAAGAAAAUGGUGGAAUUGGAGUUGUUGGACGUGUGCUUCUUUCUGAUCCAGAUGUAGAGAUGAGUGGGCCUGUAAGUUUUCGCCUCACUAAGCCCGACUCUAAGUUCUUUAGCAUCAAUACGACCACAGGAGUAUUAUCGACGAAACGGAACAUGAGAUAUAGGUCUAAAAAUAAGAACGUGUAUAGGCUUGAAGUUGUUGCAACUUGUGGCAGAUAUACCAUUCGCCAACCGCUAUUAACCUACAUCAUACGGAAUGAGACAUCAGAAACAGCAACAUCAGCCAAAGCCUUAACGUUACGAAACAAAAAUGUGUCACUAAAGACUACAGUAUAUCCUAUUACCAGUGCGUCGCUACCGUUAAAGGAUGAUGUCACAGAAAUACCCGCCUUGACUUAUACACCACCAUUAGUUUCGCCUGCAAGUUUAGAGUAUACUAACACCACCACUGCUACAACACAGAUGUUUAUAGACAUGCAAACUACUCCAGCGGCAUAUCAAGAGACAGACGUCCCCGUUACAGAACCAUUGAUGGAAAAUAUAACAUCAACUUCUGCUGCACUGCUAGGCCUAAAUACAAGAAAUAAAACAUCAAUACCUGAUGCUAUGUCUCACUGCUCAUGCGACAGUUACAGCGACGAAGAAAGGGAACUGACGAUGAAAAUAUUACAAGUAAAGCUGGAGACACAAGAAACCGAGCUUAGGGUGAGGCAAAUGGAACGACGUGUUACCAAUAUGAAACUCAGAUACUGGACACAGCAGAUUAAAAUUGCUGAAGAACGACAGAUUGAUUGUGGGACGCCUCCUUUCAAACUACAAGAUGUUAGAGGAGACAUUUAAAACUGUUUCCAAUCCUUAAAGAUCUGAAAAAAAAAUAACGGACAUUUGAAAUUAUAAAAAGAGGAUGCCACCUAACUCAUCUCACGGACAAUUGUAGGAGAAAGAGAUAAUCGGUUUAGUUUAUUGUCCUGUUUCCAUUUCUCCAAAAAGGAGGAGAGAAUAUUGUUUGAAACGGCACUGGCAUACCGGUAUGCCUAUUAGAAAAGACUUCAGCUCUGGCAAGGAUCUUUUUGUCGAGGUUCAAAUUAAGAGUUCCAUCUAAGUAAUUUUUUUUCAAAUUUUGAUAUUAACUGAAAGCAGGAAAUAUUAGUGAACACUUCUGCAACUUUUUAAAUCAUUUAAAUAUUGUUAAUGAUUAAAAAAAUACAGCCUAAACAGGUAAAUAUUUUUAUUUUAUCAAUAUCUAAGCUUAGUUAUAAACUCGUGGAAGAGGUAUUUUUACUAACGAAAAUGGCAAUGCGUGCUAUAUCUUGCCAAAAAUACAGUUUGGAUGACACAAUAAUUUCACAAAAUUAACUUCUAACACUUUCGAUAUUAUUAAUAAAAGAUGGGCUUUUUAUGUAUUAAUGCAACAAACAUCUUAGAGACGUUUCAUAUCACAAUGCAAAAUCAAAAGACAGCUUGAGACCUAAAAACCGUAACUUUAAUUUUUCAAGUUUUUCUUUGUCAUGUACUGGAACAGUAUUAUGAAAGAGUUUAAGUAACGUAACGAAAAAUGCCAAAUCUUUUUAAAAAAAUCAAAUUAUGGUCAUACACCAAGCGACUGGAGCAUUUGGAUAAUAUUAUGGUCAAUUAAAUUAGGCCUUUUUAAAAUCCACAAGUAAUAUCGUACUGGCAUCAUAGCAUUCAUAAUUUUUGGCAGUGGUUGGGGUCAGUGAUGAUUGGUCUAAGGUCACACUUAAUAUUUCUAUGUGGGUUGACUUUGGGAAUAGGAACUAUGUUGAAUAAUGAUGAUGCUUCUGAUUUAAAUAUAAUAGCACUACAAUUGCAUUUUAUUUAUUCAUUCAUUUCUUAGGUUAGGUUGGACAGGGGUGGUUAUUUUUGAACACCAUUUAAACAAUCUCGUUGAGUUUCUUUUGUGUUUCCUUUUCAUUCAUUUCCAAUUCUCUGUUAUUCUACUUGAAUUUUUAUGUGUUUUAAAGAAUAAAUAAAAUUAAUUGGAAUUUGAACUAGUGCUUCAAAAAAUA